AAUUUUCAGAUCAAGCCUACAACGCAAAGCAUUGUGGGAAAGCGUCAUUACCCUGACUUUACUUCCGCAUUUCUGCCGCAGCUUGUCGACUAGUGAAGUUCGCACUCCGCAAAUACUGUUAGAAUGGCUUACCCAGGCUACCCAGGGCAGCAACCUUAUGGCCAGCCAGGUUACGGUGCGUACGGAGCACCGCCAGCGCAGGACCCCAUGUGGGGAUAUUUCUCGGCCGUAGCGGGGCAGGAUGGCCAGAUCGAUCCAGUGGAGCUACAGCAGUGCCUGACCAGUUCUGGUUUCAGUGGGACCUACCAGCCCUUCAGCCUGGAGACCUGUCGGGUGAUGAUAGCUAUGCUGGAUCGUGAUUUCAGUGGUAAGAUGGGGUUUAAUGAGUUUAAGGAGCUGUGGGCGGCGCUGAACGGCUGGCGUACCAUCUACAUGCAGUAUGACACAGACAGGACUGGGUUCAUCAACUACCAGGAACUGGGAAACUGUGUCCAUGGCAUGGGAUACAAUCUGAAUCCCCAGACCCUAAACGUACUGAUGAAGAGGUACAACAAGAACGGUCAGAUCACUUUUGACGACUUUGUUGCCUGCGCAGUACGUCUCAGGGCCCUCACAGAUGCGUUCCGUCGGCGUGACCAGGCCCAACAGGGAAUGUGUACGUUCCAGUACGAUGAUUUUCUGCAGUGUACUCUGUGCAUUUGAGGAGA